AUGCCAAAUGGGCUUUACAAAAACCUUGCUAUUCGACCAGAAAUAUCCGAGAAGGAGUGCGAUGCUUCAUUAAGCGAAACAGAAAAAGGCCGGAUAAUACGUGCUCUUUACCGAUUUCAGCUAGGUUGUCAGAUGUUUGGCAACCCAUUCCCGACAGGUGAACACAAAUGGUUUGAACCUAGGGCCUUUGAGCUCGUCUGGGAAGGAUUGCUUGUCUUUGAAAAGUUCCUUCAACCAUGGGAGCUUGAAGAGUUAUAUUCCAUCACCUUGUUUAUCCGGAGUACAGUAAUUAAAGUAAUCGAGGAUGUAUCCUGGGAUUUCCAUGACCUGCAUCCAAGACAUAACCUCCCUAACCCACGUUACUAUGACCCAACUCCACUUGAUGAGUAUGGUAUGUUUCUAGGAUACCCCACAACCCUGUCUUUCAGCAAAACUAAUAGCUUUCUAGCUGAUGAUUAUGCAACCGGUUUGAUGGCCCAGGGGCUAAAACUGUUGCAUGGAAUCUUUAAGAUUACAGGCCACGGUGCUCUGGUCUCUGCUAUAGAGGACUUCUGGCGUUUAUGGGAGGAGCCAUCGUUCUUUGGUAAAUAUUAA